GGACGCGCAAAUGUCAGUUGCUUUAAAAUUGUAAAUUUUAUUUUAAUUUUUUUAAGCGUUCUUGGGAAUAAAAGCUACGGCAAUAAAAGUUAAAAAAAUAUGUCAUCUAUUGUGCAGUUAACGAUACAAGGAAUAAGGAGUUUUGGAACGAAAGCUGAAGAUAAACAGAGUAUAACAUUUUCUUCUCCGGUAACCUUAAUUCUUGGAGCUAAUGGUUGUGGCAAAACAACUGUAAUAGAAUGUUUGAAAUAUGCAUUAACAGGAGAAUUACCACCCGGCAGUGAUCAUGGCAAAAGUUUUGUUCAUGAUCCCAAAAUUUUUGAUGCAAUGGAAUGUAUUGGGCAAGUAAAGUUACAGGUCAAAAAUAUUCGUGGACAAACUCUCACGGUAACCAGGGCAGUUAAGAUAACUCAGAAACGUGGGCGUGCUGGUCCAAAUUUUAUGGCUUUGGAUUCUACAAUUACCUACGGUAAUAAUGAAGGUCAAAGCAUAAGUAAAAGAGCAAUUGAUGUUGAUAAUGAGUUAGAACGGUUUAUGGGAGUUUCAAAAGCUAUAAUAAACAACGUUAUAUUUUGCCAUCAAGAGAACGCCUGCUGGCCUUUAGAUGAGCCUAAAAAAUUAAAAGAAAAAUUUGACGCAAUUUUUGGUACCAGUAAUUAUGACAAAGCUAUAGAAAAAAUGAUUAAAAUAAAGAAACUACAACAAGAUUCGCUGAAAUUAAAGCGGAAUGAUUUAAGAUAUGCUGAAGUCAGAAAAAAGGAGGCAGAUACUAAAAAUUUAGAUUUGGCUAAUUCAAGACAAAAAAAAGAAGAUUUGCUGAAACAAAGUGACCAAUUUGAUAAUGAUCUGAUACCAGUUGAAGAACGAAUAAAAGCUGUUCAGAAAAUAGAAAUAGAAAUAGGAAGUUAUAAUGGAGAGAGAAUCAAAUUAAAAGCAGAUAUAAAAAGUUGCGAAGAGCAUAUUAAAUCUCUUACGUCAAAAAUCAAAAAAGAAUUUGAUGGCAGUGUUGAUCAAAUAGACAUAGAAAUUCGUAAUUUUCACGAAAACAUGGAAGAAAAAAAAUCAGAAUUGAAAAGCUUGGAAGAUUUGCUUAAUCGUAUUAAAAACCAAGAACGGAAACUUCGAUCUAGUUUAACUGACUUGGAGCACAAACGUUCUACUCUGUUAAGUAAACGUCAAUUAGAACAGGAAUAUGUGGGUAAAAGAGCAAAAAAAAUUUCUGAUCUUUGUGAAAAACUAGAAAUACCCGUAUCCAUCGAUAUUGAAAAUGCUAAGGAAGACGAAGUUUUAAAUAUUUAUGAGCAAAUUGGUAAAGCUUUUGUAUUGGAAGAUAAAAAGAUCUCGGAAUUAUCCGAAAAGCACGACAAAACUGAAAAUGAAAAACAAACUGAAAUUGAUAAAUGUCGGGAAAAUAAAGUUACAAUUGAAAGUGACAUACAAUCUAAGCGGGGACAAAAAUCAAAACUGCAACAAGAUUUAAAAAAAGUCGAAGACGAAAUAAACCAAAACGAAGCAAGCGCUAAAAAGUUGGCAUCUAUAACUGCCGAGGUAGAAAAGGCUGACAAAUUAUUAAAAACUUUUGAGGAAAAGGUAAAUUUUGAAGAUAAGGAACGUGAAAUAAACGAUAAAAAAUCUGAUAUUAAAACAAAAGAAGAGCAAUAUCGCGAGUUGGAUAAAAAAUUGACGUUCUUAAACUCAAUUUCCAAGAAAGUGAUUGAGGUUAAUUUAAAAGAGCAACAACUUGAAAAAAAAGAACAGGAAAUUCGAAAAGUGAAAAACAAACACGGAAGUAAUAUUAAAACUAUAUUUCCUGAUAAAGAAAUUGAAUCAAAUUACAAAAAACAAUUUCAAAAUAUUAAUGAAGAAAUCCAAAAACAAAUUAAAGAUUUACAAGAAAAAGAAAAUGAAAAUCGGUUGAAAUUGAACAGUUUAGAAGUAGAGCGCAAAAAUAAAAGAGAAGAAUUGUCCAAAUGGGAAAACGAUCAUCAACAAAAUUCUGAUAAAAUAUUUGACAAAUGUCAUGGUACUCCAUAUGAGGAGAUAUUGCAACGUUCCAAAGAAAAUGUGGAAAAAUAUCAAUUGGAGCUCGGCGCCUUGAAAUCUUCAGAAUCAAUGUUUAAAAAAUAUAUGAAAAAUAUUAAUGACGAUCCAUGUUGCCCAUUAUGUCAUAAAAAUUUAUCAAAUGAUGAGGCAACCGAUUUAACUGCUGAGAUGGCAGAAGAAAUACGCAGAGUUCCUGCCAAUAUUAAAAAAACAGAGCAAUCCUUAAAAAAGGAGCAACACAAUUACGAGUCUUUAAUGGGAUUAAGGUCUAUUAUCGACAAAAACACAAAACUUGAAGAGGAUAUACCAAAAAGAAAAGAGGAUUUGAAGAAGUUAGAAGAUCAAUUAUCUGAGCUAUCGAAAGAUAUUGAAUCAUGUCAGUUGUUAAUUGCUGAACCAUCUUCUAAUUUAGAUUUGGUUAAUUCAAUGUUAGGCGAUAUGGCUUUGCUAGAUGAAGCAUUGAAAGAUGCUUCUAGAAUUAAGGAUGACUUGCAAAGUUUAAAGGAAAAAUUACCAAAAGAAGCAGAAAAUUUAAAUAUCGAUGAUAUUCAAACUGAAAAGGAUACAGUAUCUACGGAGCUAGACACAAACAGAAAAGAAUUAGAAAAAUUGGAAAAUGAUUAUCGUACACAAAAAAGUGAUAUAACAAGAUUAAAAGAAACAAAAUUGGCAUUAAAAGAUAAUCAAAUCAAAUUACAAGAAGGAAUACAAGCAUUACCUCAACUCAAAUCUCGUUACGAUGAAAUUUCUAAAAAUUUAGAUUUACUUUCUAAGGAAAUAGAAACUUUGGAAGAAGAAUUGAACCCCUUGAAGUCAAAACUUGAUAAUUUAAUUAAGGAAAAAGAAAACUUAAAAACUGAAAAUCGUACUAUAUUGAAUAAAUCUAAGAGCAAACUAGAUGGUUUGAAAAAAAUUAAUCACGAAGUUGAAAGUCUGAAUAAGGAACUGAAAAAUUUGGCGGAAGAAAAUUUAGAGGAAGAAAUAGAAAAUUUGAAGGAAUUAUUUAGACGUAAUAUGAACGAACAAGCCGAAAAUGGAAAAGAGAAUACUCAAGCAACAGAAAAAAUUGAAAAUCUUAAGUCCAUAAUAUCAAAUCAAGAAUUAGCGGAAAGAGACCUAAAAGACAAUCGAGAAUUGAAAGUUUUGCAGAAGAAAAAUAUUCGACUGAAAGAUCAAUUGGAAGCUGUUUUAAAACAAAUGGGUGAUUUGAGUAUGGACACUGCAUCAAAAGAACGUGCUGAACUAAUAAAAAAAAGAGACGCAAUAGUGACAAAACGUGGACAAUUACGAGGGCAAAUCGGCGAAAUUGAGAGUCAAAUCAAAAAACUUGAUGCUGAAUUAAAAGAUCCGAAGUUUAAAGAUGCAUUAAAAAAUUAUCGAAGAUUAUUUUAUGAAGUUGAAAUAUUGGAACAAGUAGUUCAUGAUUUAAACGAAUAUCAUUUUGCUUUAGAUAGAGCAUUAAGCCAAUAUCAUAAAGAAAAAAUGCAAAAAAUCAACCGUCUUAUACGUGAAUUUUGGCGUCAGAUAUAUCGUGGAAAUGAUAUAGAUUAUAUUGAAAUAAAAACUGAAAGCGAAGAUACAAAAUCAUCAGCGGCUAAAAGGCGUACAUUUAAUUACAGCGUUGUGCAAAGCAAGAACAACACUAAAUUAGAAAUGCGUGGCCGCUGUAGCGCUGGACAAAGAGUUUUAGCCUCAUUAAUAAUUCGUAUGGCAUUAGCUGAAACAUUUAGUUCAAAUUGUGGCGUUUUAGCAUUGGAUGAACCAACCACCAAUCUAGAUCGUAAUAAUAUAAUUUCUUUAUGUGAAACAUUAAGUCGUAUCAUAGAAGAUCGUCAAAGUCAAUGCAAUUUUAUGCUUAUUAUAAUUACACAUGAUGAAGAGUUUAUAUCAGCUUUAGGUAAAAUUCGAAAUUAUCAUAAAGUUUCAAGGAAUGCAGAGGGAAAAAGCGUUGUCAGACAAGUAAAAUUGGCAACUGAAAUGUAAAUUUCUAUAUAAACCUACUUGAAAAUUCAUAAAUCUUUUUUUUGAAGUCAUUCCGUAAUUGUAUUAUUAUUGGUUUUUUUUUAAAUUCUACAUACAUACAUAUAUACUUAAAAAAAUAAAUUUGAAAAAGUUUUCUAAUUUGCA